AUGAACAUGUUGCAGCGUCGGUUCAGGAUCGCGAGGCGAAGGACCCGGCGCGGUGGCCGCGGGCGCGGGGCUCCGGCCGCGCCCCUCGCCGACCACGUCGAUCUCUUCGUCGGACUCGAGCAGCUCCCCCGCCGGAGCCACCUUCCACUUCUUGGCCAUGAGGCAGCGCGGCAUGGCGGCUGCAUCUGCCUCAGCGCGACCGCAUCAGCGAGAAACAGACGAACAGAGAAGAGAGAAAGAGAGAGAGCGCCCCGGGCGAGCGGCGUUGAGCGUUCGCACGCGUUCCUCUUGCGUUGUGAACUCCGAGCGUGCGAUACGCGAUAUAUAUUGAGUAGGGGUGGUGCGCGCGCCGCGCUUCGAUCCGUGUGGAUGCCACCCACUGCCGCACAAACUUUGCCCGACAACUUGCAGCGCCUCCCGGCCACGCUCGCGAUCAACCAGUGGAAGCAUUGCCGAGCGGUGCCCACUCAUCGAAAAUUUAAUGCACGGCUUUUCACAUGA